UCGGCCAAUGGUGCACGAGGGUCCCUCCCAUUUGUUUUGGGACCGUGGAGUGGCACUUGCCGGAUCGAUGCCUCCGUCAGUUUGGUCGGGAGCAAUGCAUUCCGUUGGAGGUCCCCGAAAGUCAAAAGGCCUUCCAUGGUCGAGAUGGGAGGCAAGGUACUCGAGAUUGGCCUUUGAAGCUGGAGAAAUUCAUCACCCUGUGGGCGAACCGACAGAGUCAAGAUAUUGUCACUCCAUCAGCAGUGGGUCGAAUGGGGUAUCAUGACCCAUACUUGGAUCGAUAUCGGCAAACAUCGGUCCGUUACUUGACUGCGGAGGGUGCUGCCGAUGGUGCAUUAACUGACGGGAUUGAGCGGAUUAAAGACAUUACCACCAGGAGAAUGGAGCUGGGAAAUGAAGAUGUCGGCUUCAUCAGGAG